AUGAAAUAUGACUAUUCGUUUAAGGAAUCAAUAUGGAAGGAAAUUGGACAAGAAAUGAAUCAGCCAACACAAGAAUGUAAAAAGUCAUGGGCAAAUUUAAGGGACGCUUACAGAAGAGCUAUUAAAAAAAGUGCAACAGUGUCCGGUCAAAAAGCCAAAAAUGUUAAAAAAUGGAAAUACGAAUUGGAGAUGGAAUUUUUGAAACCGUACAUGAAGGAAAGGGAAACAGUAUCCUCAGUUGAUACUAAAAGUGACGAAGAAAAAAGUAGUUCCGAUUCAGAAAACGAAUUAAAUUAUUCUAAAAACGAAAUAAAUAAAUCUGGAAACAUCACAUUGGAAAGUAUUAUUUCACCUGAAGAAAAUAUUACAAAUAGUACACCAUCGGAACUAUCUCCAAAAUUUUGUAAACCUCCACCAAAGAAAAUUAUGACUCCCAAAAAAAGAAAAAAAAUGAAGUCCAUGUGA